AUGUCUAUUAUGAAAUCAGUUUCGUUAUGUCGCGAUAAAUCGUUUUUGAAAAUUUCAAAUUUGUGGCCAUCCAUAGCUUAUAACUAUAGGAAUAAAUCUUUUCGAUUUGAUCAUUUAUUGGGAAAUCGACAAUUAAUAUUACAGAAUAAGUUACGUUUGAAUAUUUCCCGAGGUUUCACGUCUGAAAACGAAGUAAACAAGCUUUCACAUUCAAAAGGAAUUGGUGAAGAAAUUUUGUUUGAUCAAGAAAUUAUUCAUCAGGAAGGAAAUACAACAGAUAAUGAAAAAAUCAGCCAGAAUGAAGAGCAAAAAUCAACAGAAGCAACUAUCAGUAAAAACGCAGACCACGAACAACAAUCAAGAGAGAAUGUCGGAAAAAAUUCGAAUAAUGAGCAGGAAACAGGGGAAGAACAUACUUUAAGCCAGGAGGAAUUUCUGGAUUUUUCAGUGUUUCAAGCUGGUGACAUGGUAAUCGUACGUGAUCCAGUGAGGAGAGGUCGUCGUGCAGAAAAUGUCAGAUUGGUGGGUCCGUUAACUCCCGGUGUAGUGAUCUCAAAUCAUGAAGGAAUUUUAACGCAUAAUCAAAUUAUUGGACAAAAAUCCCGGUCGUUACUCAGGACACAUAUUGGUAAAGGUUUUUUGGUUCAAGUACCUACAUUGGAUGAAUACACUUUAUUGAUGCGUCGACACACCACACCUAUCUAUACAAAAGACGCAGCCGCAAUGAUAUCACUUUUAGAUCUACGUCCAUAUUCGUAUAUUCUUGAGGCUGGCUCAGGAAAUGGUUCUUUGACUCUUUACCUUGCACGUGCCUUAUACCCAGCUGGAAGUAUACAUUCGAUCGAUAAAGAGCCUAAAUAUCUAAAGAGAGCGAAACUUAACAUCGCAAAAUAUUGUCGUGGAAUGUAUUCUCCAUAUGUCACUUUUUCCGAGGGAACUGUCUCGCAGGUGCUCAAUUCUUUGCCUCCGGAUUCUCCAAAAUAUGAUGGGGUAGCAUUGGACAUGGCUGAACCAGAGAAAGAAUUACCUGCAAUUCUAAAUUGGUUAGAAAAUGAUCGUUUUAUUGUGUGUUGUUUGCCAAAUAUGACGCAAGUUCUGAAAUUAUUGAUGGAAAUCAAGACAAAAGGGUACGAACUUAGCACGGGAAAGAUUAUCGAAGCGACCUGGAAAAAUUGGGACAUUCGACCAACUGUUGUCAAAGCAAAUAAACACGACAAGCAACCUGACAAGAUAAAACCCAAAUCAGGAAAUCUUAAGAAAGUUGAAGAUGAUGACAAUUACGAAAAUACUAAUAAUGGGAAAGAUUAUGUCGAUGGUUCACCUCCGGAGCAUGAAGAUGAAAACGUUUGGAUAUGUCGACCUGAUCAUUCUCAGCUACCGCAUUCAGCUUUCAUUGUGCAAUUAAGAAAAACCGAAAAAAUAUCGGAUAUAGAUGUCAUUUAUGAAAAAGUUGAAGAAAGCGAUAGAGAAAUAACUGAGGAUGAUUUGGAUGCUAUUUGGAAGCCUUGA